UAAAAAGUAAGUUUGCCUUCCAUCAACCAAGAUUCUGGUAGAAAUAAAAAUGUCAAUGAACAUUAAUGUCAAGAAUGAACAAAAAUCAAAACCAACUAAAAAACGUCUCUACAUUGGAAAUCUGAGAGAAAAUGUAACCGAGGAUGAAAUUGUCCUUUAUCUGGAGCAGGCAAAGUUUCACCCCCAAUCAGCAUCUGAUUAUGAAUUAGAACAGUUCAUUGUUAGAGUUGGACAUCUGGAUACUACAAGACGCUUUGCAAUAAUUAACCUGCCUGAUAUUGCAGUAAAGAUGAGAAUUCCAAACAAUUUUUACAUCUUAAAAGUUCCAAACAAAAGCCAUCAGAACGUCUUCACAGUGCAAAAGUCAAAUCCCAAGAACCAGCACAACAACACCAGCAUCCAACACCCACAAAAACUACCACAACAGCUACAACCAAAACAGCCACAGCAACAAACUGAACAACAACAGCGUCCAACACAUCAUCCAACACAACCAAAAAAAUCAACCGAGCCGCAGCAACCACAAAAGCAUACGCUACAACAGCCACAAAAACCACAGCCACAACCGAAACAGCAACCAAUUAAACAACAACAGAAUGUCGAGUUCAAUCGGUUGAUAGUAAUAUUUCCAGUACAUCUUCAAACAGUCACCUACAUGGAGCUGGAAGAAACAAUAGAGGAUCCAAACAAGAACCUGAUUGAGAUAAAAGAUGAAUUGCACGAGGAAAAGAGAAAGUUGAUGAAACUGAUCAUUGGAGAUAUGAGGCAUCAGUUUGGAUACAAUCUCGUUGUAUGGAUUGAUAAGAUGGAUCACAAAAUUGGAGUUGGCAGUCAUGACAGUAGCGUCAAUCUGCGGCGUGUCUCAACUUACAUCAACGACAUUCUCUCAUAUUCAGCUUCAUGUGAAGUUGACAUACCUUUAUGUUUAGUUAAAUUAAUAGUUGAUGCCAAAUUUUUCAGAUGGCUGCAAAAUUUUUUUGAGCAGCAUGGUCAGAAGGUGAUUGCAUUCAAACCAACUCCAGAUAAGUUAUUUGUGGUUGGGAGGAAUGAACAAUCGGCGAAGUUAGGAGCAAAGUUGUUGGAGGAUGAUUUCACGACAAUAGUGUUGAAUGUAAGUUCAUGUAAUAAGAAUGCACUGCAGCAUUAUUUCAACGAUGCACCCUGGUUAGAGCUUGUGCAUUACAUUAGCUACAACUACUUCACUUACGUUUCCUGCUCUGAAUCUUCAAUUCCACACAGACAAUCAGAAGAUACGAACAUUUUUAUAUCCGGCUUCAAGAGUUACGUUGGAUUUGAGAUAGCACACGGCAGUGUAGAAGAAUUUGUUUCCAAGUUGGAUGGUUGCAUUGUUACAAAUAAUAAUUAUUAUGAUCCUAUACCUUAUUCUGACAAAAAGCAAUUUUCAACCGGCGAUUUCAAAGCAAGAGAAAGCAGUCAAUUCUUAGAUUUAAUGAACUUAAUUUCCGCUGAUAACGAUAAAUUAAACAUGACUGAACAACAUGGUAAGACUUUAAAAGCACACAACUCAACAAGCAAACAACUUGCUUCCAAUCAAAGAAGCAAAACAUCCGUUCAACUCUCCGUGCUGAAGUUUCAGUUUCUCAAACAAGAAUAUCCCGACCUCAUAAACAAGAACACAAAGUAUCUGAUGCAUGACGGCUGCCUGGAGAUCAGUGCAAAUGCAGAAGAAGAAUGCAUGAGAACAAGAUCGAAGAUUGAAGACAUUUUGUCUUCACUUCAUUCAAAAGUCAUUCCUCUCGACUUGCCAUGCCUAACAAUUGAGUUCUACCACGAGAAGAACAGUCCUUUCAGAGAGCUGCUAGUCCACAUUGGCAAGAGAAUGUCUUGUGUGUUUGACGUCAAGGCAUCUUCUGCUUCCAACAGCAAGAAGUCUUUAAAUGUCGAAUGUUGUGGACCGGUUAUAUUGGAUUCUCUUGAAUCAACGUUGAUUGACAAGCUGAAUAUUCUCUUUGACGAGAAGAGGAUUUCAUUUUCCUUCAUUCUCAACCAGAGCUCAAAAACUGAAAGAAUUCUGCAUGACUCAUUGCUAUUUGAUAUCACGCAGUUGGCCAAUAAAAAUGUUUCAGUAGAAAUAGAUAAUUUAUCUGAAGAAAUCGUUCUCAGAGGUAGGUGUCAUUAUUUAAAAGAAGCUGAAUCCUCACUCAACAGUUUGUUUCUCGAACAUCUUAAAAAUAUUUCUACCACUAAAAAGGAAGUCCAGCCUACAAUACUAACAUUGGAGAGCUCGCUUAGAGAUACUAACCUGUCAGAGUUUUUGAAAUUGUUUGGUCAUCAGGAUAUACACACUCCCUCCCACUGGAUCUCUCACCAGGGCUCACUCAGAACGCACUCUAAUAAUAAAGGAUCUUUGCAUGAAUUGAGUUCCUCGUCAUCCCUGUACAAUUUGAUUUCCUUAAUGGUGGACAGUACCUGGAGAAGUGAUGUUGUGGGCAUUGGGAAGGACGCCUAUAACCUGAAACAUAAAAAUAUAAAGAUAGAGAAGAUAUACGCAGUGGAGAACGUGUAUCAGUACAAGCGCUACAUGACGAAGAUCAAUGAGUUCUGCCUUCAGAAUCAUGAUAAGAUAUCAGGACUGUCUCAACAAACUCAAACUCUCAUUACUAGAAACAUAACGGACGAUACGAGCAUGUUACUGCAUGAAAUCAACGAGUGUUACCUCUUCCACGGCAUGAACAAGAACAGAGUUCAGGCCAUCAUCGACCAGGGGUUUGAUUUCAGACUGGGGAAUAGCAAAUCGUUGUUUGGCCAAGGAAUAUACUUUGCUGAAAGCGCAACUAAGGCCGAUCAAUAUGCAGAUGACAAAAGUAAGAGAGCUGCUCCUGGCGAGGUCCUAUCGAUGUUUGUGUCUCGCGUCUUUCUCGGACGCCUGCACAACUGCGAACAACCCUAUCCAUUCAAGAGACCGCCAUGUUCUCAGGAGGGCUGCCACUCUGAAACUUGCCACCAACAUCCGUUGUGUGAUUCCGUCUUGGGAACGAAAACUUUCUUGCACGAUCAAACCAAAAGAAAUCAAUUGAUGAAGUUGAGAAAUGAUUUGUCAACCUCUAGUGCGUCUUCUAACACAUUGAAAGCCGUAAAUGAACAACUCUACCAGUUGAGAAAUCUUCUGUUCAGGGAAUUCAUCGUUUACGACCAAUCCCAAUGCUAUCCGGAAUUUCUUAUUAAUUACUCUAGAAUCGAUUAAAUUUGUACGUUGUAGUUAUAUGGUCAAUUCGGGCUUUCUUAUAUUUUAUUUUUCACUUUCUGUAUCGGUCAGCCUAAUUUAAAUGGAAUUGGACUUAAAUAUAAAAGCGUAUAAGCAAACAAAGCUGAAGUAAAUGAUAAAUGUGUAUAUAUUUAGUAAUUACAAUGAAAAUAUCUAUAUUAAAAAAAGAUAUGGUGAAAAUGAUAAAGAAAAAGAUAUGGUGCUAGUAUUUCGUUCAAGGUAUAUCAUACAUCUAUAUAUAUAUAUAUAUAUAUAUAUAUCAAUAUAUUUAGAUAUAUGUAUCCAUGGUCUACUCCGGAUUGUCUGACAUACGGGGCUGAUUUUUUUUCGAAAAUCGGUGAUGUCAUUGAUGUUCUAAAAUAUGUAAUAAAUGUAUGAAUAAAUUAAUUAAAUGGAUAAUGAAUAAGUGAUAAAAAAUAUAUAUUAUAAAAUUACUC